UCUCUGAUCGUCGGUUGCCGCCCCCGCCCUCUCUGAGCCCUCCUCCCCUCCGGGCUUGACUCCCUUCCCUGCAGGAAGUGAGAGCGGUCUGUCCCGCUGACACUCGCCGAGCGAGGAACCCAGAGAAGGAACAAAAAUGACUUGAGCCGGGGCAGCUAUCUGAGCGCCUAAACAUCGAAACCACCUAACGCACUUGAAUGAUUGCAACAGCAAACGCGCAGUACCCGUUUCCCUGGCAACAUGGCCAAUGUGAAAGUUGCCGUUCGAGUUCGACCGCUGAGCAAAAGGGAGAGUGCGGAGGGGGGCAGGAUCGCUGUGCAGGUGGACGAGAAGGUGGUGAGAAUCACAAACAUCAAGCUGGAUGGGAAGCUUGAUGGUCCAGGAGACUCCAGGGAGAAGCUGAUGGGCUUUGGGUUUGAUUACUGCUACUGGUCGGUUGAUCCCAAUGACCCGAACUACUCAUCCCAGGAAGAGGUGUUUCAGGACCUUGGCACUUCAGUGCUGUCUGGUGCUGUGAAGGGCUACAAUGUGUGUCUGUUUGCAUACGGGCAGACGGGCUCGGGGAAGACCUACACCAUGAUGGGAACACCGGUGUCUUUAGGGUUAACCCCCAGGAUAUGUGAGGCUCUGUUUUCCAGGGUUGAUGAUUAUCCAGAAGGACAAAAUUCCUGCAGAGUGGAAGUCAGCUUUCUUGAGAUCUACAACGAGCGUGUGCGGGACCUGCUCCAGCGCCCUGACAAGAAGAAACCCUUCACGCUUCGGGUUCGGGAGCACCCUGAGAAGGGCCCCUACGUUCAGGGCCUGUCCCAACAUGUAGUUUCAGACUACAAGCAAGUGGUGGAUCUGCUGGACGAGGGAAUAGCAAACAGAAUAACUGCUGCCACCCAUGUCCAUGAUGCCAGCAGCCGCUCCCACGCCAUAUUCACUAUCCAGUACACUCAGGCCAUACUGGAGAACAACCUGCCCUCUGAAAUCGUCAGUAAAAUUAACCUGGUGGACUUGGCAGGGAGUGAGAGGGCGGAUCCUAACUACUGCCGGGAUCGUAUCACAGAGGGCGCCAACAUCAACAAGUCCCUGGUCACCCUGGGCAUCGUCAUCUCCACUCUAGCCCAGAACUGUCAGAUGUUCAGCAGCUGCCAGAGCAUCAGCAGCAUGGGCAGCGAGGGGGAGGGCAGCAGCGCGGGCAGCCAGUCCAGCUCCCAGUCAGGCAGUGGGCGCAGGCACUGCUACAUCCCCUACAGAGACUCCGCUCUCACCUGGCUGCUCAAGGAGAGCCUCGGAGGCAACUCUCACACCGUCAUGGUGGCCACGAUCUCCCCGUCCAGCAGCAGUUACAAUGAUACCCUCAGUACCCUUCGCUAUGCAUCACACGCCCGCAGCAUCGUCAACAAGCCCCAGGUCAACGAGGACGCCAGUGUGAAGCUGAUCAGAGAACUGCGUGAAGAAAUCGACAGGCUGAAGACAAUGCUAAUGAGCUUUGAACUGCGGAACUCCAGCCCCUCCCUGAGUGAGGACAGAGAUGGGAACCUGGCAGAAAUUGUGCUGCAGAACGAGCUCACGGUCGAGCAGCUUACCAAAGACUGGAGUGAUAAAUGGAAGGACAAGCAGGAGCUGAUGGAGGAGUACAGGGUGGACAUCAACAGGGAGAAGGCCGGGGUGCUCAUCGACUCCCACCUGCCUCACCUGAUAGCCGUGGACGGAGACGUCUUGAGCACUGGCAUUGUCUUCUAUAACCUCAGGGAAGGAACAACCAGAAUUGGUAGGAGUGACGGACAGGACGAGUCUGAUAUCAUCCUGCAGGGUCCCGGGGUGGAGAGAGUCUGUUGUGAGAUUGUGAAUGAGCGCGGGGUCGUGACCCUGAGGCCUGGCCAGGGGGGGCUGAGCAGCGUCAACGGACGAGAGAUCACUGAGCCCUGCCGCCUGGCACAAGGGGCAGUGAUUGUGCUGGGCAGGACCCACACGUUCCGGUUUAAUCACCCCGCCGAGGCUGCAGUUCUCAGGCAGAGGAGACGAGUCACACCCCUUCUCCCUCCAGCCUGCCCUGUCCCGGGACGGAAGUCCAGCGAGGGCCUCUUGCUCAGCAGUGGAUUUUGUGGUUGGCUGGAUUUGGAGGGAGAGUCUAGCCCAUCCCCUCGGUACAACCUGUCUCCAUCCCUGUCAGCCAGGCAGGAGCCCCGGGGGGUACCAGAGGAGGAGAAGCAGCUCGGAGAAACGGGCAGGGGUCUGAGUGAGGGGAGCUGGGAGCGUGCAGAGGCCCAUGCCGGGGCUGAGCCCCCCGAGACCCGCCCCAGCUGGCGCCUGGUGGAGCAGCAGCGCUACGUGGAGGGCCUGAGGGAGCAGAUCCUGGCAGCGCAGCUCCGUGCAGAGCAGGAGCUGGAGAGGGAGCAGGCACGCAUCAACCAACAGCUUCGAGACAACCAGCAGUGGCUGCUGCAGGAGAAGCAGCGCCUGGCAUCUCUGGCGCAGAAGGAGAGGAGGGACCUGGCGGUGCAGACAGACCCGGCCUCGAGCUCUGAGUCGGGGGUGCAGGUCUUGAUGGAGGCUGCCGGCUGCGGGCCCUCUCUGGAGGACAGGAAGAGGCUGGUUCAGCAGGAGCUGCUCCGGAGCCACGCGCUGAGGAGAGCUGAGAGGAGGAUCCGCCGCAAGAGAGUGUGCUUCCAGCUGGAGAGGAUCGGCAGGAAGCAGCAGCUCCUCGAGGCCAAGAGGGAACUGCAGCAGCUGGAGGACAGGGACAGGGACAGCCUCAGAGAGCAGCAGAUCCCCGCUUGGGCAAGGGGCCGGCGCAGAGGCAGCUCCCCCUCCCCCAGCAGGAGACACUCCUUCUCAGCCGACCUGCUCUCCCGGCUUUACCCCCAGCAUAUACCUAUCUACAGUCAUUUCCUGAAGCAGAAAAAAUCACCUGAAGCAUCUGCCUGGUCCAGCCACUGGUGCACCCGGAUCCCUCGGAAAUGUCUAUCAGAGGAAUGUCUUCCAGCAGCAGGGGUUAGAAAGAGGACAAGAGUUUCUAUAGGAGAUUGUCGCCAUUCAAGACACAAAACAGGCUCAGUGGAGAACCUGAAGGGGCCUGACUUUCACACGUGGCCUAACAAAGACCAACCCAGAAUAUGCACCACCACCGCCGCAAUUACACACAGAAUACACGAAUCCCAGCAGCCAAGUUCUAGUGCUUCAGAUCACUCCAAGAACAAAGACAGGACUGCAUCCAAGAGCAGAAGAUCAAAACCUCUGGGAAAAUCAUCAAGUGAACCAAAGGGCUCUGCAAAAAGCAAUAGAUGUUUAAAACGAAUAAAAAUGCUGAUUUCUCAAUCCGUUAGCCCGGGAAUUAAAACCGUCCUAGCUGGGAUGUUUAGAAAACCCCCUUCAGGUCAGGCAGGGAGAGCAACUAAAAGUUCAAAUAAGGCAGCCACCAGAUUGUCCUGCAGCCUGGAAAGGAGUGCGGUGAAGGAGCGUCCCAUCAAAAUGGCUUCGUCCUUUGAGGAUCUGGACCAGCUUGGCAAGUCCACAGCCGGCUGCAGCCAGGAGAGAAGGUGGCACAGCGCAGAAGUCCUGAGCGAUGGGAUCAAGCAGACAGCUGGUAGGCUGCUGGACGGCUGGGAGGAAGAUAGAGAGGACUGUGAAUCCUCAGACUCUGACAAUCUGUCCUCGCUGGAUUCCCUGUCCUCGGCCUACACCAAAGCCUUGACUGAACAGCUAAUGCAGGAGGAGACAGCUGAGCCUGAGCUGAGUGAUGGAGCGAGAGAUGACAGCCAGAUGUCUCAGGACUCCCUGGCAGGGACUGGGAGUGGAAAGAAGCUUAUACAUUCACCCAAGGUGGCAGCACAAAGCUUGCAGGGAUUAAGGCUGUUUCAUAACCCCAGUUCACCUGGAAACUGGCUUGACAAGUGGGGAAGGAGCGUCUCUUUAGAUAGCUUGGCUAAUGGUGAGGAGGAAGAAAUGGAAGACCACUCACCCCAGGGCUCUGGAGCUUCAGAUGAGAUUCCGGCUGAGAUUUACUGGAAGCUCCAGAGCCCUAGAACACAAGAUGUGCACAGCACAGUGCUGCAUAAACAACACAUGGGGAGUGAAGAGAAGAGAAAGGAAAUGGGGACAUUGGCGAGCCCUCCUGUAAUGGAUGAUAGUCCUCAUUUGGGAGAUCCUUUUUCCUCUGUUCAGACACACUCCAGAGAAAGAGCAGUUUCCCUGUCUCUCACUGAAGCAUGGUCCUCUUGUGAGUCAUCUGAGAGUCCCCGGAUGCUCAAAGACUCGCUGAAUAAAAGCCAAGGGCUUUAUACAAAACAGACUCUCUUCAAAACCCCCAGUAAGGUUGACGGAUCAAAACAGUUAGCAGACAACCCAGAUCUGUCAGCUACAGGGAAAGGACUAGAAAGUUUAAGAAGUGAAACAAACUCAUACAUCAGUAACUUAAACCAGCAGUUGAGCCAAGGUGAAAAGAACUACUGGAUUUUAAAUGGCACAUGUGUUGAAAACAAGGCUCACCAUGGACAGCCCAUCGCAGCUAUCAGUGCUGCUAAAUCCAGCACACUCGGUUCAGAUGCUGGGAGGACUGAGAGUUGUUUGGCUGUCACGUUAUCAUGUAGCUUGAGAAGCGAGGCAGAGGUGGAAAGCCAGGCUCCUAUAUCACAUGGGAUUAGGUCUCCUGGUUCAACAGUUUUCAACCAUCUUGAUGGAAGAAAGCAGGACAUAAACAGCCCAUCACCAACCAGUAGGAGUAAAAGCCUCCCAGUCACUUUUGUGCCAGACUUGGUUGAGCAUCCCCAGACUACACCAGACAAUCAUCCAGCUAUCUCUGGUAGCAAGGUUACAGACUCAGAGAAUAGCAACCAUUUCUUGCUGGGUUAUCCUGAAGAGAGCCUUUCUGUAGUGGAAGGGACCCACAUUCAUGCAGAGCAGAACAAAAGUGUAUCCAGUGGAGAAGUCUGCAUUAAUGAACAGGAGGAGGGUAUAAUCAGAGACAGCAACUUAUCCAGUGCCUCUGUAACUGCUGCACAAAUUCAAGAGCUAACAGAGUUAAUGUUGGUGCCAGUUAACACCCAACACUCAUUAGACAAAGGUGUGAAAAAAGAUGGGGUUGAUACGUCUCCAUCCUUCUCAGAACAGGAGACUAAGAGCGGCCGUGCUAUUGGAGACUUAAAGCACAGCGUGAAGGCCGAGGCUACCUGCAUUUCAGGCAGUACCUGUCCCAGUGCCGGACCCAAUCUGCAGGUUCUGUCAGUCCAAUUUAGGAAAGAUCGUGGUUACACCUCUUCAGAAGCACUGUCGGAAGACCACCCCACUAUGAGGAGCAUGCUGAUUCCAAACAAGGAGAGUUCUGCAGGAACUUUACUGAACAAAAACAGGAAUCACAGCUUACAAGCUGCUGUUUUUGAAACUUCCCCUGCAGAUCCAGCCAUGGUCCCAGACCUUGGAAUCACCAACGAGAAAAAGGAGUUUAGUUUAGCUGGGGGAGAUACUGAGGAGCUGAUUUUGAAUCCCUCGGCUGAGAACGAGAACAACGGCUUUCCAAAUUUAGAACCAAACUGUGGUACAACAAUGCAAACAGAUUUCCUGCAAGAACAGCAAAUAGCCAGGCCCAACACAGGCCAACCCACUGAAGAAUUCAGCAGUACCAGCAUUAGAGCUGAGGUUUCAGACAUGACAAACACUCCAGAGAGGACAACUUGGGAAGAAAAGGGUUUAAAGAGUGUGCAAGUGAACUCUUCUAUUGAGGAAAACAGAGAUCUGAAGCAACAGACUGACAGAGAAAGUGCCACUACAGUCAAGGAUGUGGAUACUCCCAAGACUAAGGAUGGGGAUUUGAUUUGUCAGACACUUUUAGAAGGUGCUGAGGUGGAAGAAAACCAAGGCAAAUCCAGCAUGAAUAAAUCCUCAUUGCUUUCCAGGCAUGAGUUUAGGCUUCCAGGAGGAGUGGGAGUGGGAGUGGGGCAGAGGAAAGACAGCGUAGCCACAGAGCUUCAAAAUGAUAUCAAACUUCUAAUGGACAGAACACAGCUUGAAUGCAGUUCAGUCCAAGUGUCGGAUCAGAGAACCACUGUACGUAGCACCAAUCCACGUUUGGAUGCUGACCCAGAGCCAUUACAGAAAGAGAAAGAAAGAGGAAUAGAAAUAGGGGAAGGCAGUUUGGGAACUGGCAUGACUGAUGAAGGCUUCAAUGAGGGGUCAAGUGACAAUGUCAGUGUGGAGGUCUGCAAGCUUUCUGGGGAAACCAUUCAAGUUGACCCCAGUGUACUGAAAGAUACUAUCAAAAAGCAAAUCCAGCCAUCUGAAUUUAGAAAAGACAUAUGCGCUGUAAAGAUAAAGAAUGUCCAUUUAACAGCACCAACAUGUAAAAGCCACGUUUCUGAUUUAGCUAUUAAGGAAAGCAGGGAGGAAGAGAAGAGUGGUGAUGAGACAGAGCUUGGGCAAGCAGGAGAGAGAAUAAACAUUGCUGAGGGAGUGAGACUGGAGGACACAGAGAAUGUGAGACCUAGAGGGGGAGUGGAGAGAAACCAGCAAGCAGUUCGAAGAGAGGGGAAAGAAGGGAAGAAAGCAGAUAGCUGGUCUAUGGUUCAGAGAAUCUCAACGGGGGAAAGUGCACAGUGUAGCUCUGCAGUGAGAGAGAAUGAUGUGCCAGACUGUGGUAAUAAUGAGGACAGGGAAAGUGAGGUUCAAAAGGUUGCAAAUGAAGCAAAUAUCCAUAGAGAUAGUGGUGUCUUUGAUGUAGAGGAAAGGCAUAGCACCAUUAGAGAAGGGGGAAAAGCAGCAGUCAUUCCAAAUCAAACAGAGAAUGAAGUAGCUGAUGCCCUCGGCAACAGUAAAGUCAGAAAGCAUCAUCAUUCUGCUAGGUACAGUCCCAUACCUUCAGGAGAAUCUAAAUUAGACCACACUGGGUUGCUGCAUACAAACCAAGAGGACAGAAAAGCAGCAGAUGUACAUGAAAUAAAUGAGAGGAAUCCUAAACAGCAUGCUGAUGUUGAAGCAGGAACAUUGAAUUCCACUGACACAAAUCAAGCGGUCUUACAAUUCAUGCACAAAGGUAACAUGAGCCCACAGAGAGACAGCAGACCUACACUGGCCACAAGAACUGAUAAACCACACCACGUGACUAGAUCUGAUAUUCCAAAAGGUUUACAAGGCUGGCCCAUUGAGGUCUGCACUGAAGGAACAAAUGGCCUACUGAAAAUAAAAGUGGAAGGAACACAAAGCAGUAUCGGAGAAGGGCACUGCGGGAAGUGUGUCUCCGAAUCCAUGAUGAAAUCCAGGACUCCUGGAGGUAGUUUCAACGGGCAAGCUUGCAAUGACAGUGCAGAGGCUUCUCAUUUGGUCCUGGAUGUCUCCUCCACAACUGGUGCCAAAGAAAGGUACACCUUUAGCAUACUCAAAGCAACAAACAGCGCAACUCCCAGAGACAAGAAUGCUGAAAGCAGAACCAGUACUGAAAGGGAUGGGGCAGAAGAGGACUCCAGUGCAUCCCUUAUUGCAGCAGAUGAUGUUCCCUUGACAUCUGGCCAUAUGGAAAACCAUGAUGUUGGCCUGAUGUCAUCAACGAAUUGGCUUGAAAACACUGGAGGUGACAGCUUAGAAUUUCCAGAAACUCAUUCCAAGGGUAAUACAACUGAAGAGCUUUUAAUUAGUAAACAUCUUACAGAAAAACCUGCAAGGCCAGGAUCUAACACUCUCAUCGGUUCACCACAGCUUCCGCCCCCAAACUUCAGUGCAGCUUCAGAAGGGCUGUGCUUUCUGUUGAAUCCUGAGCAACUGCAUACUUGCAAACCAGCAGUUCUGAAAGACAGCUAUGUCAGAAUUGACAUGGCAAACUUUUGCCUUGAUUCUAAAAAACAGUCCCGCUUUCCACUCUGCUCCCAGAAUCACGAGAGAGUGAGAGAGACAGGGGGAAAUAAGGAAGGAUAUUUUGCCCAGACUAAAGCUCAAAAAAUCUACCCUGGUACAAGCCAGUGCAACACGAGGGAGAGUAGUAUGGAAAGACUAAAGUAUGCACAGAUUGGAGAUACUGGCCACUCUGCUGUGUAUGAGGAAGAAUCUGAAGAAAUAGAAGCAGUUGUCCCAGGAGAAGUGGAGGGUUCUGCCAUUCAGAUUUCGGAUAAUAUGACUUCAGGAAUGAUAGGCACAAAACAAUGCCAUUACAGCACCCACAUUCCUAGAAUAGCAGAAGAUGGUGCUGAUUUAGUGGCGGGGACAAAUGAUAGCCACGAGAGAGCAGGGGCAAGCGAUAAAACUAGUUUGAAAAUGGAGAGAACAAAAAUGAUAAUGUAUGACCAUUUAUGUAGCAAAAACACUGAGGCUGCUUCAACUGACACUGAACAUAUUUCACUAGACAGUGAAUGCAAUAAACCAUUAUCUACGGAGGAGAGAAGUAUGGCGACACAGGAUGCUGGUGCCAAGGGGUUUCCACAAUGGAGUAAAAAUCAGCAUGGAAAUAAAAGGUCCUCAUUGGAGGGCAGUCUGUAUCCUUCUUCUCAUGCAGUAGGGAGUGAAGCAUUCAAUUACAGAGACCGAAGAAAUCAGGAAGACGUCACAGAGCCAGAACCAGAGGAGAACUACUUGGAAAACAUUUCCAGACCAUCCAAAGAGGAAUACUCCCCUCCAGAAAGGGGGCUUAAGGAGAGUGUAAAAAUGAAAGCUACUUCACAGCAAGACUCCCAAACUACAACCCCAGGGGUCUACAAAAUACAGAUGGACCCUGGUGCCCAAGAUUAUUUUGACAUAAGGAUGUCUAACUGGACCGUUCAGCAUGGUCAGCCAGUCCAGUAUGUACCUGAAAGAUCAACCCAUUUCAACAAAAUGAACCAAAUCCAAAGUUCAGUUUUACAGACUUCACAUUUCAGCGUGCAUGAAGUUAGAUCCGAUACGGAGAUGGGCAGAGGAAUUGAAUCCAGUGAUCAAAGUUUGGCAUUUGGAACUCCGUCUGAGAAAGACCCUCCUGUCAGUUUAAACCGGGAAGGUGCAUUUGCAAUCCAGACUGUCUCUGAUGUGGUAUUAACACACAGGCCAUUGGAGGCUGGGUCUGACAAAGCCUACCAGCAAAGACAUGAACAAUUAGAACAGCUUCAUGAGACCGCAGCACUGCUUAAAGAUUCUACAGAUGUAGCACUUUCUGGCAGUGAAACCGACCAGAACAAAGCACCAGAAUCUCUCAUUUCACUUGCUGGAAGGUUGAAAAAGGGGUCUAAGACAUCCCUGGCUGUCAGUGCAGCCAUUGCUGAGGAGGGAGACAAUGAGAACACUGCUUCUAGUCAUUCAGGUGUCCAGUCUACUGCACUAAAAGGAGGGGUGUGCAAAUGUGAGGGUCAAAAAGAGGGAAAAGAGGAACUGGCAAGCAGAGAUAAAGUUCUGAUAGUCAACCCCAAAGAGUGCCAGGAAUAUACAACAGUAUAUAUUACUCCUCAAACCCCCAACAAUAACCACAAUGAUCAACCCAAUGCUGCGUUUUUAAAAUCAACACCACUCAACGUAGCAGUUCAUGACAGACCAGCGAGUAAAGCUGCCCAACCUGAAAACAAUCCGUUAAAGUCCACCACACACCUCAGAGGCACUCCUCUGUAUUUCACUGAAAAGCCAAGUUUGUCCCUACUUGAAUGUUUGCAAGGCCAGGAUAAACACAUUGUUCAAAGGACUUGCUCAGAAGAGCAGCACAAUCCCACAUUAACAGACAAGUCUGCUGGGAGUAAGCAUGAAGAAGGACCAGUUAAUAUAUCAACUGCUCUGAACUCAUCCGAAGGAAUUGGAAAAAAACAAAUCAGCUGCGGAACACCUGGAGUUGAAUCCCGAGAGCAAGGUGUUCUGAAUCUGUCCUCCUCCAAGGAGCAGAGACAAACUGAUCUUCCAGCCGCAGUAUUAACAGAAAUAGCUGUGACUCAGGAUUACAGGAGGGGCAACGUUUCAAUCGCCUCCACAAGCGCAGUGGGGUUCAUAAAGCUUCUAAUGGCCGAAGAGAACAGUGCUAAAGAUGUUGAGGCCGCCAGUGUUGAUAUUCAGGUAAUACAAAGAUCCGCUGGCAUUGAAUUCAAUAGUAACCAUGUCCCUGUGUUUUCUACAACGCUUUCCCCACAAGCAUUAGGGGAGAUGCAUGUGCAACAAAAGAUAACUGAGAAACAAGCCACGCAGAGACAUCGAGAAUUGGAAGCUGAUGGGAACAUUACAGUUCCGUACACACACAUCCAAUACCCUACUCUGUGUGGGGCGACGGUUGGAAGCCAUGGAGUGGCCACAACCUCAGCCCCAUCUUCCGUUCACAGAAGCAACUCACUGGAAGACCUCGAGUGCACUGUUAGUGACCCCGCAAAGGAAGACUCUUCCAGUACAGAUGACAGGGGAGCCUUUUGGGAUAAUGGAGACAGAGCAAAUGUGGACAAGAACCAGAAGAAAAAACAAAAACUUAGAAGAGGAAAACAACAACCACCUUCUUCAGAAAGUUAUAAUUCUUCCAGCUCCACUUCACAAGACACAACACAUAGCUCAUCUCAGGAACAAAGUGGCGAGCAUCUCAGGAGAUCUCCAGACAGACCCUCAGCAUCCUCACCCAGGUAUAGAGGGAACAGGCACAGUGAACACUCCAGGUUAGAAAACAGCAAUGAAGAGCACAGGGCAUAUUCACAGAAGCACAGGUUAUCAGCCCUAUUAAUGGCUGGGUUGCCUUCUGAUGCUGAACAUGGUGUUGAAUCCACUGCUAACUUCCAUCAAGGCUUCAGAGGGAUGCAUGCUCAGUCUAAUGGGGAAUUUCAUUUGAGCAAAUCUCCAAAGCCCCCAGAUGAUGAUACACAUUAUCUACAGCCUGGUGCCCUAAAGGAUGCCAAAACCAAUCUUAAAUCACCAAGCCCUCAAGGAAAACUUUUCAAGAAGAAUACAAAGACAUCAUGCAACGAAGACCCAGAGUGCACAAGUUCAGGGCCUCUGACAACACGUCUCAGUGGUGCACAGGUCAUGACCCAUCACAGUACUGAAGAAGGAGCUCAAGUUCCUUUUCUCAGUCACCACAGGAGACACUCUAGACAGUCUUCCAGGAAAGAGCGAUGCCACCCUCAAGAAGGAACCUCAGGCAUGCAUGAUGAGAAAGAGAUGAUGCACUUUGGUUCCAGUGACAUCAACCCCUAUGUCCACCCAUGGCGACAGGAAGAGACCAGCAGAGUUGGCUGGAAGCAUCACGCGUUUGGAAGUGCUAGUGACAUCUCCUGCCAGCCACCUCUCCAAGAUGGCAGCAACCAGAGAGUAACGAGAUGCUCCAGUGUGGAUAACGGCUUGAACGUUCAGAACUCGCCCUUACAUUCCCACUUGAGCUCUUAUGCCAAUGCACGAGCGAUUUCCAGCACUUUAAGCAGUGUGGAGGACUUCCAGGGACAAGAUUCGUUUGAUACAGAGUAUAAUUCCCACCAGCAUAACCACCCUAGACCCAGAGAUGCACUGAAUUUAGAGAGCAGGGUGUCUUCCUACCAGAUUCCCCCAGGAGCUCAUGGCAACAGCAGUGUUCAAGUGGAUGAAAUAAUGCUACUGUACCCUUCUGAACCAAAGUCAACAGUAAAGUCGUUAUCUGAAGUUACCCUAACUGUGACCUGUGACCAGGGCACCCAGACAUCAGCUGAGGCGAGACAAAGAAAGGCAAACCGGCACAGAAGCAGCAGUACACAGGUUCCUGUUUCCAGAAAAGAAGUUGAGGAAAAUGUGGCUCAACGACCUACAUCAUGGGCAAGCUUGCAGAACAUGUCCAUCCAUCUCUCCCAGCUGCUUCACAACACCUCAGAUCUUCUGGGCAACCUCCACAGCCUGGGAGCUGGGGAUCCCCAGCUGCAGCCCAUCGGACCAUUCCAGUCUAAUACACCGGAUUCCUUACAUAACUACAUACCUUCGAACGGAAGGAGAACGAUGGACAGCUGCGCUCAGACAUCUGUGGAUGUUGGAAUUCAGACAGAUCAUUUGUACCAGGCAGUCAGGGUGAUCAAACAACACCUGCCAGUCGAGGACACAAAGAGACCACAAGAAGUCAAUGUAAUAGUCAAAGUGGUUGGUUCUGAUAUUCUAAACAUAUCUCAGGAGAAUAAGGACAUCACAUUAACCUUACUGGAGAGGAAGAAAAAGGCAACUGUUAAGAUGCAAAGCAUGCCUGACCUCAGGAUUGGCAAUGCAAGUGUUUUGCAGACAUCUCUUGAAUCCCACCAUUCUGCAGAUGCUUCCCCUGUUUGUGUUCGAGCUUCAACACCAUCUCUGGAUCAGAAUAGCGCCCCCAUCAUCCUUGGACUUUCUUCUGUUGGGUCUCCUUCCAGCCUCCCUGGGCAAAGCAUUUCCCCAAGUAACCUGGUUCGGGGCUGUUCCAUUAGCAGUCCACAGCUCUCUAGACUGGAAAACCAGGUGUUCCAGGAGGGAGACACUGAUAGGGAUUGCAGUCUGUCCAGCAAAGCCAAAGCUCAUUCUAAACAAGUUCAAAUGGUGGAUCGUGCUACGUCCCCCAUUUUGACGCUGGAGGCUGGAAUAAGUAGUCCUGUUGCCAGAAGCAAGUCCACCCAGUGCCUCACAGAUGGGGAGAACCCAGAACUCCAAGAAGACUCCCUAGAUGGACAAAGAAAAUAUCAAUCUACAUUUAGGUAUGGCAUCCAGGAGCCAAGAGACAGUCACCGUGAGCUGACAGAGUCAGAAAAUGGCUUGCAAAGAGACAACCGUUUCAUUACAACUAGCAGGACAACCGACAGAGUUGUGGCUGAUGUUGGAAAAGUUAGCGUCGUCAGUGAACCACGCAUGAGGGGGAGAAAAAGUUAUCCCCUGAAGCCAGUGCCUUCUAGCAUGGAAGAUGUCCAUAAUUCAGCUGGAACCAAAUAUUUUGUGGAUAGGAGUGGGAGGCAGAUACCAGUGAAAAUGGACUGGCAGUCAAGCUCGGAAGAAAUAAAUCUCAGGAAAUCUUCCUCAGUUCAACACCUCCCUGGAUCUUGUUCUUCCACCUUUAGCAGGUUGCAAGACUGUGCUACAUCUGCUCAGAUACGGAGCGCACAUGAGCUCCUAGCAAUAAGCACUCAGGAAAACACUUCCACACAGACCCAUGAAGGCUCUUUAACAAUCAGGAUCCCAUGCAAGACUAAUGCAGCACACUACCUAACUGCUUCUGAUGGUUGUGAGGGCUGGAUCAGAUCUGCAAGCUGUCACAAUCAGUCUCCUGAUCCUUAUCCUUUUGAACCUUCUGAAGUGAGUGAGAUGACCGUCCAACUUCAGGAAGACAACGAUGAUGCAACAUCGGUAGCUCCUAGCGAGUGCAACACGGAAGUCCUCCUUAAUAUAAACCCGAUAGUUGACGAUCCACAAACGUCUUCUCAUAACCACGGCAAAUGCAGGGUGCCUGAAGAUCUACCCCUGCACAACAAAUUCAGCAACUGGUCAGGCGUUCAUUUCCGCCCGCCCUCUCUUUUAAGCAGCGCUGCAGUUAGGACAGCCAGUGGAUCUCAGACACAGAAGAUGAAGAGGCUGUCUCAAGGUGAGCCGAUGGAGAACGACUCAGAGUUUAGGGCAUGUGAGGGAGAAAGGAUGAGGGAGAUCGAGAAACUGAGGAGGGAGCGUGCUGAGAUUAUGUCUGGAGUCCGUUUGGAGAUGAACCCUCAUCAGCUGACCGUGGAACUCACUGAGGCCAAGCUGAACUAUGGGCUAGGGGAGACGGACACCCUUCUCAAGCUGCAUUCGGGGACGGGGAAGGAGACAGAUGGAGUGACAAUUAAACAGCAGCUGUAUGACAGGCACAUGAAGAGCAUCGAGGGGCUGCGGCGGGAGAGGGAGGCGCGGCUGCAGAGCUGCAGGAGAGCGCGUAGUCUGAGCCCCAACAAACACCCAGUGCUGUGUGCAGGGACCCAGGGAGAACCUGCCUCGUGGGACCCAGACCUGCCCAGCAAGCGCAGGGAGUACCUGCAGCAGCUUCGCCAGGGCGUGGUGAAGAGCACCAGGGUUAAGGAGCCCAAGAAGUGGCUGGCGCAGACCCCCUCGGAGAUCGAGCUGCUGCUCCGCGACUAUGGGAGGGCGCGUGAGGAGGCGAGGACGGAGAUCGCGCGGGCCAGGGACCGGCUGAGGGAGAGGACGGAGCAGGAGAAGAGGCGGCUGCAGCAGCAGGCUCUCUCACAGCUCGUCAAGGAAGAGCUGAGGCUGAGGACUCGGGUCAGCACCAGCACCCUGUGCACCGACUCCUGCCUCAGCCUAUCUUCAGGGCCCAGCUCCGGGUACAACAGCAGCAACACCACUGCACCACCAGGGGGCAGCAAAGCCACUCUGCAGCUGGGUUCGGAGGUCACAGAGGAGUCCAGGGCUGGAGCAAGGGGCCGGCCUGCCCUGCAACGGCAGUGUCUGUCAGAACACGAUGUCUGUUCUGAAGCCUCUUCCAAUCACCAUGACGUUCCAGCUGGAAGCCAGCAACCUGCCCACAGCUCAGGCACGAGGGGGAAGGGCCCUUCCAUUAGCUCCGCCUCCUCCGCGUCAGCAUCCUAUCAAGAAAUAGCCGCUCACACAGUAGCCAGUGCUACAGCUGAGAUCCAGGCUGCCUCGGAAGGGGACCUGGGGAACCUGCUGAAGGGCAAGGCAGCAGCGAGCUGGAGGUACCAGAGCACAGAGAGAGGGGUGCUGGCGUAUUACAAGGAGUUCCCGAGCCCCACGAAGCAUGGCUUUCUGUGUGCCGGAGUGAUCGAGCAGCCCCUGCACAGCGUGUGGUGUCUGAUCAGAGACCACUCCAAGACACACCUCUACGACAGAGCCAUUAAAACAGCACGGGUAACCAGCGUGGAGAGCGGGGUUCAGCUGGUGUACCUGGUGAUGGACUCCUCGCUCUGCUGCCUUAAACAGCCUCGGGAUUUCUGCUGCAUCAGUGCAGAGUCCAAGCAGGAGGAGCAGUUUGUUCUGGCACUACGCUCCGUGUACGACGAGGCCCUGCCACGGCCGGGCAGAGAGCUGGUCCGAGGGGAGGUGCUGCCCAGUGCCUGGGUCCUGCAGCCGGACACUCGGCACAGGAAGGAGGUCACCAAGGUCGUCUACAUGACCCAGGUGGACCUGGGCACCCCUGCCCUGCCUCAGAGGCUGCUGGGGUUCGUAGCCAAGCGGCAGGCAAUGGUCAUCGCAAACCUGGCCAGCUUCUUUCCACUGUGAGAGGCACCAGCGCCUGGUCGUGACCCCCUGCAGCCGCCCAGAACCCACUGGCACUCGUCGCUGGAUUCCACCACCGGAGAAUCUCACACAACACAAGGGUAACCUGGAAUUGUGUGUCUACAGGAUGAUCAGUUGGCCACUUGGUGCUGCUGUGGAACAAACAUCCACAACAGAUCAAUGAAUCCUGGCAGUAAACGAUGGGCACAAAUAUUCUAGGAAGGGCUACCACCGUGGGACAAGGAGGUUACCUGCUUGCUUUGCCCACGAACAAGGCGUCUCCAAGAUUGGUGUAACGCAAACUGAGAGGACAGAGACUACCUUUGAUUAACUACUAUGUGCCAAAGAUUACAGGACAAAUCCAGUCUACUGGAAGUCUUUAUUUCAGGAUGCAUCGCCUUCAAGCAAUUCAGUGUUUUCAUUUUAUAACUUGAAACAUCUAAAGCUGGUACUGUAGUUUCCAGUCCAGUUUUCUGUACGGUCAGGGUUACCUGAUCACAUAGGACUUUGUUAAGGAAUCAGUCUUUGUUUUAUUGAAUUUAAAGCAUCAUCUAUUUCAAACAGUUGACCUGAGCAGCUUUUUAAACAAUUACGCUAAAAUUCAGUAACAGUUUGUUUUCUUAGUAGCUAACAAAAAGCGUAUGAACUCUUAUCAGAACUGAACUCUCAAUUACUUAACUAAACCCUUAAUUGAACAAAUAUUUUGCUUAAUUAGACCUUUUUACUUGUUUUCAGCUUUUAAAACAAUUGCAAGUUAGCUAUAACAUUUUAUAAGUAACUUGAACUCUGCAACUUUUUAGGAACUGAGAACAAUUAAAACGGUCUAAUUAAGCAAAUUAUUAGUUCAAUUCAGGGUUCAGUUCAGUAAUUGAGAGCUCGGUUGGAAUGAAAACCAGCAGACAUAAGGAGUCCCCAGGACCAGGGCUGGGAAGCCCUGCUGUAUCGGAUGCACUACUAGGAGGCAGAUUACACACUCAGUUGAGUGGUGGUGAGCUGUUUGACCACAAGGGGGAGCACAGCUGUACUGGGUGAGGUUUGUAUAUCAUCACCUCGUCUUUAAACUUUUAAAUCUAAAAUGGAGUGGACAAACGCUCUUUACACGGACCCUCACCAUGGUGUAUUCUCGUAUCACUCUACAGCACCUUCUGUUAUUUUACUGACAGCAUUACCAACAUAGCCUGCAAGACACAACCACUAUAUAUAAACUGGAUUUAUUCACUGUAAGCUUUGUUUAAAAAAAUGUAUUCUGUGUAAAAAUGUGAAAUGUAUUUGGAUGCCACCUCAGGGCGGGUGAGUGAAAGUGUUGACAAUCACAGCCUGAAGCUACACAGGAGGUACAGCUCCUGUCCUGCAAGGACUCCGACAUGAAAGAACAAUUGUUUGCAUGAUGUCAUUUCCGUGCAGCCGUGCAGUGGAUGCCUUGAAGUGCUUCACCUCGUUACGUCAGCAGUGUACGGCAAUGACAUCACAGCAAGAAUCCCUGGGAAACUGUUGCCCAGAUCAACCAAUCAAAACCACAGGUUCUUAUCCGCCACCCAGACCAACCAAUCAAUCAAAACCACAGGCUCUUAUCAGCCACCCUGAUCAACCAAUCAAAACAGGCUCUUUAUCAGCUACUUCCAAAUGGCCGUUACCCACAUCUCCUUUAUUUGGGAGAGAGGAGAGGAAAACGCAAGUCUGAAAAUAUUUUGAAUUUGGGUUUGAUGAGAUCCAAACAUCUCUUCAAGAAUUAAAUACAGAAAUAUUUCAUAAAAAAGAAAACAAAUUUAAUUUACAGCUGCAGAAAAGGCUGAAAAUCAGCCAAAAAUUCCUGGAACCAUUGACUAAGAAUUAUGAAAAGAACUACCCCACACCAUGCAAUUAAAAAGGCAGGUUUGUCUGAAAAUAGAAGAAUGUACAGAUUUUAUUUUUUUUAAGUAAGAGAAUUUUACAUGUUCAUAUAUAAUAUGCUUUUUAGUGGUAUUUAAAUUUUGAAGGUUUUUUUGUAUUCAUGUAUUGGUAACUUUUUUUUAUACAAGCACGUAAUAUUUUGAUUGUUGUUUUGUUUUUGCACUUAUUUAUACAUCUCUAUUUUCAAAUAUAUUUGCUUUAUUUAAGUACUGCUUGUUGGAUUUUUCGUUCUUACACAAUCUAUUUCACUGUUCAUUAUUAUUUCCAGGUGCUAUGACAGUAGGGUUGGAUGAUAAUGGCCUUUUCAAAUAUUCUACCUGCUAAAAAUGAUUACAGUCGGCACUGCCUAAUCGGGAUACUGAUAAUCAGGAUUGGUGCUUAAAUAGGAUACAACUACACAGAGCAUUGUGAGGGUCUGGAACCAACUCCCCAGUAGUGUUGUUGAAGCUGACAUCCUGGGAUCCUUCAAGAAGCUGAUAGAUGAGAUUCUAGGAUCAAUAAGCUACUAACAACCAAACGAGCAAGAUGGGCUGAAUGGCCUCCUCUCAUUUGUAAACUUUCUUAACUCUGGGAGACUGUUCUUCCCAGUGCUAUUUAUGUUGUUUAAUUGGGAUAAUGUAUUUUCAAAUGAUGACUGGAGAUUGUUUUUCAGAGCAAGACAGGUUUGCUUAGCGCAGUGCAGUGACUACGUGAUUACGCUGCGACUUGCAUAAACCAGGUUAAACUCUUUAGGGAGCCGAGUCUCCUGUGGUUUCUCAGGCUGCUGUUGCAAGGAAAGCUGGCAACAUCGCAGGUGCCUCGCCUUGUGAGAAGAUGUGAUAUCAUUAUUUUUCAUUUCAUGUAGAAAUAAAAAACAGCAAGUAAUCUUGUUUAGGAAUAAUAAAAAAAAAUAAGUAAUUGACUCGUAUUUUGAAUGAUGUAUUAACUUUAACCAUAAUGUGAUGUGAUUUGAUCCUUUAACUUUUCAUUAAGAAACAAAAAAAAGUGUGACUAAGGUCAUCUCAACUGCAUCUCGUUUAAUUGGAACAGCCCCUUAUUCUGGGAUAUUUUUCCUUCUCCCAAGGCGCCCCGAUAAAGCAGCACCGACUGUUUGACCUUUACGAUUACUUUAAAUCCUGUUGUAACUUAUGUUAUUCCUAGAGUACAUUGUUCUUAUGUUAUUCCUAGAGUACAUUGUUCUUAUGUUAUUCCUAGAGUACAUUGUUCUUUUUCUCUAA